AUGGAACAAGCUCUACGUGCGCCCAGUGGCAGUUCGGAUGGGAUUGCACCAUCCAAGGACCACGCGAACACAGACGCGUCAAUAAUCCAGCACUGUCAUAGCAUUGCAUUCUUUGGAGUCCCUCAUUAUAGUUCUACACCGCUAUCGGAUGGUGCCUGUGCAGAGAGCAUCGCUCACGAGCUCCGUCUGCCCAUACCUUAUGGACCCAAGCUUCGCAGGCAACUAAGAAAUACCGAAAACCUCGAUCCAAUGGCUCACUUUUCUCGUCAAUUUGCUCCACUCACGCUCCACGUCUUCCGGAUUUGGAGUUUCUACGAGACACGGGAGAUGCCCCCGAGGGUGAAAAUCAAGUCAGAUGAGACCCUACAGAUGACAGAGACGACACUUUUAUCACAAAUUGAGGACAAACGUUCAGCGACCCUAGCUGACAAGAACUAUUACGUUGGUUGCGAAAAAGUGUUUCCCGUCAGAGCAACACACGCCGGACUUCCAACAUUUGGCAACGGGGAGGACUAUUUCCACCUACGUCAAUACGUAGAAUCUCUGAACGAAGUCAUGGAAAUCGCCGACUUUGAAGAUCGUGGUUGCAAUAUUUUGGCGAAGACGAUUCACGUCGAAUGCCAUCAAUUUUGCAAGGCACAGCCAAAUGCAUUGCAUGGGGCCGUUAAGGUAUUCUCCGCAUCUCCCAACCCAACACUAUCGCAGGUAUUCCAGAGAGGCCCAGAGCACUUCGUGGAGCUGAGAAGAGUCCGAGCACUGGCAGCUCUGACGGAGGCUUCAAAGAGUUUAACUCGCCGCGGGGUGUCAAUGCGGAAAUCCCUGAUCGCGUCCAACAGUCUGAAACCCAACAGCUCUCGUCAUCUGGCAUGGUCACUGGAAACGGAGACACAAGCACCGAAUGCGAAGCAAAAGACUUACCUCAAACCACAAGUACGGAAGACUUGCUGUCCUCCCAAUCGAAUGACCCGGGAGAGCUGGGGCCCCAAACAGAGAGCCCUGAAGGUCUGCUUGACUUCUAUAAGGUCCCUGAUCAUAACCCUGGACGUGUAA